CUUGAAACGAGUUCUACCAUGGAGGACAUGUAACUUUGCUAACUUUCGUGAGUGAAAAAGAAUCACACAUUUACAAAUCUAUUAACAGCUAGCUUCUACUAAAUUCACAUUUAUUCAAAUGGGUCAAGACUGAUUUUACCUAACUGAGGCCACAGGCAACUAUAAAAAGGACUCUACAUACGGAAGGAAGAACCGAGUCACGAUGAGUUCGCUGUUGUUUCUCGUAUUCAUAACUUAGAAGAUGAUACCUGAAAACGGCUAAAAGAUACUAGAAAUACUCUUUGCGAGGACUUUUGUGGGCUUUUUCCGGAAUGACCCCCUUACACAUGCACAGAGAGUUCAGACGUAAAAAGAAAACCCUAACGAAUGUUUAAUAUGCGGUAUAUUUUAAAAAAGGUAUUAAUUAAGUCACGUUAAGAUGCAUACUGGAGUGAAACCUUAUAAGUGUGACCUUUGCUGUGCUGCUUUUAGGUUGGCACACUAUUUAAAGGUCCACAAGAGAAUACACACCGGAGAGAAACCGUUUAAAUGUCACAAAUGUUCUGCAGCCUUUGCAAUUUGCUAUACUUUGAAAAAACACAUGAUCAUUCAUAAUGGAGAAAAAGCGUACACAUCAGACAGAAAGGCAGCUUUUACUAUCAUCAAAACUUUAAAACCCCACACAAGAAUUUACACUGGUAAGAAACCUUACAAAUGUGACCGAUGUGGAGCAGCUUUUAAUCUAAAAACCAGUUUGCAAAAACACAUGAUAGUUCACAGUGGAGAGAAAUCGUGUACAUAUGACACUGGCAGUCCUUAUUUUAAUGACAGUAGUUCUAAACGCCAAAUGAGAAAUCACAAUAGAGAGAAAACUAAUAAAUGUGGAAACAAUAAUGCUGCCUUCAGUCGGAAAGAUAAUUUGGUAAGGCACAAGAGGGUAAACACAGCAGAGAAACCAUACACAUGUGACACAUGUAAGGCUGCUUUUACUUCUUACAACUAUUUGCAACGACAUAUGAAAAUUCACACGGAUGAGAAACCUUUUAAGUGUACCAUUUGUUGUGCAGGCUUUACUCAGAAAUAUCCUCUGAAAGUCCACAUGAGAAGACACACAGGUGAGAAACCAUUCAAAUGUAACACAUGUUAUAAAGCCUUUACAGCAAACGCUAAUUUGAAAAACCACAUGCGAAUUCACACUGGAGAGAAACUUCAAAAAUGUGACUCAUCGAAUGCAACUUUUACUACUAGAACAGAUUUACGUCAUAGGAGAAUGCUCACGGGUGAAAGACCUUUUAAGUGUGGCAUUUGUAGUGCUGCUUUCUCUCGGAAAUAUAAUCUAGUAAACCACAUGACAAUUCAUACAGGAGAAAAACCACACAAAUGUGACAUAUGUGAUAAAACGUUUGCAACAAACGGAAAAGUGAAAGUCCAUAUGAAAAUUCACACCGGAGAGAAACCAUUUAUAUGUGAUUUAUGUAAAGCUGCUUUUACUUCUACCAACGAUUUGCAACGACAUAUGAGAAUUCACACGGGAGAAAAACCUUUCAAGUGCCUCAUUUGUAGCGCUGCCUUUGCUUACAAAUACUCUUUAACUAUCCACACGAGAACACACACAGGAGAAAAACCAUACAAGUGUAAUAUAUGUAAUGCUGCUUUUACUUCUACCAGUGAUUUGCAACGACAUAUUAGAAUUCAUACGGGAGAAAAACCUUACAAGUGCAACAUUUGUAGUGCUGCUUUUGCUCAGAAUUAUUCUUUAACUGAACACAUGAGAAUACACACAGCGGAUAAACCAUACCAGUUUGACAAAUGUGAUAAAACCUUUCCUGAAAACAGUAGUUUAAAAACCCACAUAAUGAUUCACACUGGAAAAAAGCCACACUCGUGUGACAUUUGUAAAGCGAUUUUUUCUUUGAGGAACGAUUUAAAACGUCAUAUGAGAAUACACACGGAAGGGAAACCGUACAAGUGUACCAUUUGCUGUGCGGGUUUUCCUCGGAACUAUCUUUUUAAAGUCCAUAUGAGAACACACACAGGCGAGAAACCUUUCAAAUGUGACAAAUGCUAUAAAGCCUUUACAACAAACGGUAAUUUGAAAAACCACAUGAUAAUUCACACGGAAGAGAAACCUUACAAGUGCACCAUUUGCUUUGCUGCUUUUGCUAACAAACAUCGUUUAACUGUCCACACGAGAAGACAUACAGGAGAAAGACCAUACAAGUGUGGUAAAUGUAAAGCUGCUUUUGCUUGUGCCAAUGAUUUACGACGACAUAAUAAAAUUCACACAGGCGAGAAACCGUUCAAAUGUUCAAUUUGUUGUGCUUCUUUUGCUAAAAAUUAUUUUUUAACUGUACACAUGAGAACACACACAGGAGAAAAACCAUAUAAAUGUGACAAAUGUAAUAAAACCUUUACUAAAAACAGUAGCUUAAAAAUCCACAUGAGAAUUCACACUGGAGAGAAGCCACAUACGUGUACCAUUUGUAAAGCAGCUUUUUAUGUCAGGAUAGAAUUACAACGGCAUAUGAGAAUACACACGGGAGGGAGACCUUUCAGUUGUGAUAUUUGCUGUGCGACUUUUUCUCAGAAAAAUACAUUAACUCGCCAUAUGAGAGUACACGAAGGAUAAAAGCCAUACAAAUGUGGAAAUUGUAAUGUUGCUUUUCGUCGGAGAGAAUUUAAUAGUCCACAUAAGAAAACACACAGGAGAGAAACUUUACAAUUGCGAUAAAUGUGAUGAUUUUGUUGAAAACAAUAACAGUGUCACAUGAAAAAUCACACCAAUAAGAAACGUUAACAAAUGUGACACAACAUCCAAACUUAAAUGCAUAGAGAUUUACGCCAGUGAACGCUCAUGAAAUAUGACAGACAUGUGAGACUUUUGGAUCAACUUGCUCAUCUAUAACAACCAAGAGCCAUCUUCUCAAGAUUGUAGUGUACCCUUGAAAGUUGGGAAACAAGUAUAUGAUACAAUUACCCUGAUGAUAUGAAUGUUAUGACUUGUAUGCAAGGUCACAUUUUAAAACUAGCAAAUAACAAAGUUACAAAUGCGUGUUAUAUUAGUAUUGUUCUUCUACAAGUUAAGAAGGUCGGUACUUAUUGUGGAAUAUAUAAAUACGAGGUAUGUUCGGAAAGUUCCCGGACUGUACUAAUAACGUUGUUAUUUUUCAACGUAGAGCUUUGAAACUUCGGCCAAGUUGAGACACAUGUAUAUUCAUUUUGAUUAUAAGCGGACAUUCGCCUAAGUUAAUACAUUCUAAAAAUAUUGUAUCCAUAGCAACAUAAUAUUUGCUGUUGUGGAGCAAGCUAUAUGUUUUCCUAUAAUGUUCACAUUAAACGCAUUUUGUAACGUUAAAAAACGCGCGAAACGUCAUCUUGACGUCGAACCACAACAUGACGUCAUUAGUAAAAUACGCAUGACGUCAUUUAAGCAGACACCGCCUCGCAAAACAAACUCCAAAACAGGUGCUCAAAGCAAACAUGCAACGCGAAAUUAUUGAAAAACAGCGUGUCGUGAUACAGUUUCUCCAGAGUUUAGAUGUUUCACCGUCGAAAACAAUGAUACAGUUGAAGAAAUCGUUUGGAGACCAAACUUUGAGUCGCACAGCUGUUUUUGAGUGGCACAGACGCUUUAAGGAGGGUCGCGAGUCAACAUCCGACGACGAGAGAUGUGGGAGGCCGGCACUUGUGGCGAAAAAGCGCGAAAUGGUCAAGUCGAUGCUUGAUAGGGACCGACGAGUGUCUACACGGGAAGUGGCCGAGGAAUGUGACAUUGGGGUAGCAACAGCGUAUAAGUUAAUUACUGAAGAGUUUAAGAUGACAAAGGUGUGCGCACGUUGGAUACCAAGGCUGUUGGAUGACAAUCAGAUGAAGGAUAGGGUGAAUAAAUCAUUGAACUUUUUGAGGUCCUAUCGACGUGAAGGGGACAGAUUCCUUCAAAGAAUAAUCACAACGGAUGAAACGUGGUUUCAUCUGUUCGACCCAGAGACUAAACAGCAAAGUAUGGUCUGGAAAACAUCGUCUUCACCACCACCAAAGAAGGCCCGGGUGACGAAAUCGAAAGGAAAAUUCAUGUUCAUCGUAUUUAUGGACAACAACGGUGUAAUCUUGACAUAUGCGGUCCCGGCGGGCGUUACCGUAAAUGCAGCGUAUUAUUCAAAGGUCGUGAGGCGGGAUAUGGUCCAAGCACUGCGCAAGAAGAGGCCCGGCAUGGAAGAGAACAUAGAAAAUGUUCUCUUCCACCAGGACAAUGCCCCAGCGCACAGGGCCCGGUACACAGAGUUGGAGCUGGAUGUUCUCGGGAUCGGCAGGUUGGAGCACGCCCCCUACAGCCCCGACCUUGCGCCACUUGAUUUUGCGCUUUUCCCGGCCGUCAAAGCCCAGCUACGCGGAAUCCGAUUCGACGAUCUCGAGAGCCUAUGUUGUGACGUGCAGACAAUCAUGUCUUCAUUUGAUAAACAAUGGUUUCAAACUGUUUACACAUCAUGGGUCAGGAGACAUGAAAGUUGCGUGCAAGCACAUGGCCGCUAUUUCGAGAAAGAGUAAACUGAAUUGACGUUGACGUUAUAAAUUUUAACGUCGGGUUGCUCCGCCAUAUCGUUGGUACAUGUUUUAAAUUUAUUGUAACUUUUUUACUGUUAUAUGUAUGGAAUCGAAAUUUUAGAGUGAUAUGAUAUAAAAGAUGUAGUAAAUCCGUACUUAGUUUCAUUAUAAUACAAUGAGCCUUUCAAAAGGAAUGCGUUGAGUCCGGGAACUUUCCGAACAUACCUCGUAAUAGUGAUGAUAUGAGCUAAAUAACAUAUUAUCAAUAAAUUCAUUUCAAAAAUGGUGAUAUGUUUUCUUUAAACUCACUUUUAGAUUGAGGCAAAUUAUAGAGCUCUUAAUGAACGGAUUACUUCCAACAGUUUUUAGGUUGUAACUGUAUUUGGUUGCAUGCUUAUUGUAACAUAUAUAGGUAUUUUAAAUGAUGUACUUCAUGUGUAGUGUUUUAUCAGCAUGCAGACAUAUAUAUUCAUUUAAAUUAACUGUUUUCUCCUAUGAUAGAAGUUAUACUUUUUUUUAAUUGUUAAUGAAUGUUCUAAAAUGUUGUAAAGAUAUACAUUUAUUAUUUAAAAAGAAGUUUUAGAAUACACAUUUUCAAAAAGAAAUCAGGAAUGUACUGGAACAUUUUUAUUUCGUAUAAAUAUGUAAUUUAAUUUUGUAUAUGCAUGUAAUGUCAAACUUCUCUUUUUCUGGGUCUUCGAGUAAAGUUAGAAUUUCUUUGCAAAGUCUUUGUCAACGUUUUACUGGUGCUAUUAUCUUUUCUUAACUCAUGGAUGUCAUCCUAUUCAGUUCUAACUAAUUGCAAAUUGAGCGCUGUAAAUGAGUAUAUGAUCAUUUUUAAAUUGCAUGCUUUUGUAUCCCACAUUUUGUAUAAAGCCAAACUUGGCAUGAAUUAAUGAAAUAAAAGUUUAAAUACA